AUGUUGCCUUCCUCAUCAGUAAUUUCAUCUUUCAAUGCCGGAGGAAUUGCAGUGUACUGGGGCCAGAAUGGAAAUGAAGGUACCUUGCUAGAGACUUGCGCCACGGGCAGCUAUGACUUCGUCAACAUAGCUUUUCUCCCGACCUUCGGCGAUGGCCAGCAGGCCAUGAUCAAUCUCGCCGGUCACUGCGAUCCGACCGUCAAUGGUUGCAUGGGUUUGAGCUCCGAUAUCCAGUCCUGCCAGGCCAGAGGCAUAAAGGUGAUGCUUUCUCUCCGAGGAGACAAAGGCAGUCCCCCGAUGACCUCCAAACAGGACGCCGCGCAAGUCGCGGCUUAUCUCUGGAACAGCUUCCUGGGUGGCCAUUCGUCGUCCCGCCCUCUUGGCGAUGCGGUCCUUGAUGGCAUCGACUUUGACAUCGAAGGAGGGUCCAAUGCGCACUUCGACGAUCUCGCGACCUACUUAUCUGAAUACGGUAAAAGAGGUAACAAGGUCUAUCUAACCGCAGCUCCUCAGUGCCCUUACCCCGAUGCUUGGCUCGGAGGCGCGCUCGAGACCGGCCUGUUCGAUUACGUCUGGGUCCAGUUUUACAACAACCCUCCCUGCCAAUUCAAUUCCUCCGCCAUUGACAAUCUUGAAGAUGCUUGGAAGCAGUGGAUCACCAUUCCUGCAAAGCAAAUCUUCCUGGGGCUGCCUGCGUCCCCCGAUGCUGCCGGCAGUGGCUUCAUCACCGUCAACGAUCUUUUGUCGGAAGUUCUUCCGAGCAUUGAACGAUAUCCUGAAUACGGAGGCGUGAUGCUGUGGUCGAGGUACUACGAUGAUCAAUCUGGAUACGGUCAUGCUAUCAGGAAAUAUGUUUGA